UUUCCAUCAAUGGAACGGUAAAUAUAUAUACAUACAUAUCGUCUGCGUCUUCUCGUCAAGGGUUCUCUGUCGCUGUGUAUGAUUAUAGGAAAGUGGAAGAAGAAGAAGAAAAGCAGCGGAGAAUUUGUGCUCUGAGCUCGAUUUGAUUCCUCCCUGGAAGGAAAAUCAUCUGUGGGAGUUUAGCCGAUCGAUGGCUGCGCAAAUCCUGAGACGAGUGGUCGGAAGCCGCUCCACUCAGAUCCUGUCGUCCCCUGCGAACCCUACCUCGGUCCUUCCGGCGCUCGCUAGGGCUUUCUCCUCCCAGACUCCGAUCAGAGCUACCCUCUUCCCCGGCGAUGGCAUCGGCCCCGAGAUCGCCGAGUCCGUCAAGCAGGUUUUUAAAGCUGCUGACGUGCCAAUUGAGUGGGAGGAACAUUAUGUUGGGACUGAGAUAGACCCAAGGACUCAGAGUUUCUUAACAUGGGAAAGUUUGGAAUCAGUUCGGCGUAAUAGAGUUGGCCUGAAAGGACCUAUGGCCACUCCAAUUGGAAAAGGGCACCGUUCCUUGAAUCUUACUCUCAGGAAAGAACUUAAUUUGUAUGCUAAUGUUAGGCCUUGCUACAGCCUUCCCGGGUACAAAACGCGAUAUGAUGAUGUAAAUCUCGUCACUAUCCGGGAAAACACAGAAGGAGAGUACAGUGGACUUGAACAUCAAGUUGUGAGAGGCGUUGUCGAAAGCCUUAAGAUUAUCACUCGUGCGGCAAGUUUAAGGGUUGCUGAGUAUGCUUUUCACUAUGCCAAGACCAACGGAAGGGACAGAGUUUCUGUCAUUCACAAAGCUAACAUCAUGCAGAAAACUGAUGGUCUCUUCCUAAAGUGUUGCCGUGAGGUUGCUGAGAAGUAUCCUGAGAUUACCUAUGAGGAAGUUGUUAUCGACAACUGCUGCAUGAUGCUUGUGAAGAAUCCUGCACUUUUUGAUGUGCUGGUAAUGCCAAAUCUUUAUGGUGAUAUAAUUAGCGACCUUUCCGCGGGGUUGGUUGGUGGCUUGGGCCUCACACCUAGUUGCAACAUUGGUGAGGGGGGUAUUGCCCUAGCAGAAGCUGUUCAUGGCUCAGCGCCUGAUAUUGCCGGAAAGAACUUGGCCAACCCAACUGCGCUGCUGAUGAGUUCAGUGAUGAUGCUGCGGCACCUGAACUUCAGUGACAAGGCCGAGCAGAUCCAAAAUGCCAUCGUCAGCACCAUUGCCGAGGGCAAGUACCGAACUGCUGAUCUUGGAGGAUCAUCUUCGACAACCGAGUUUACCAACGCGAUCUGCAAUAAUCUCUGAAGUGCCAAUUCGUACGAGACAGGAGUUGUCCUUUUGCAAUCUCUUUCCUUCUGCAGUACAAAAAUUGUUAAUUCUUGCCCAUUGAAGCCAUACUUACAGGAGCACAUCACACUGAUGACUGGGAGCAGUCAGUCUUGUUCAUUGAUUGGGUAAAUUGGAAUCAGAUUCAGGUUUACCGGUUGAUGGAAUAUUGGGAACGGUGACGAAUUAGUCGAGGCCUCCCAGCUACCCUCGUGUAUUCGGUUUUCAUUAUCUAAAACAAGAUUUUGAACUAAUAAGCAUAAUCUUGAUGUAGUAACUGUAAUAUGGACUUUAGAAAGGUUUGCUGAGUUAUUCAGGUGGAUGAAACGUUUCAUUCGUGAUUCUCAUUCUUAUAUAUCAAUUCUUCGCUUGUUUA